AUGUCUCCGCAGCAGUCAAAUGGCUUGUCGCCCGUCAACCUCGCCAUCGGGGCCGGAGUGUCGGUCUUUGAGGUGACGACACUGGGUCAGCCGUUCGAGGUCCUCAAGACGCAUAUGGCCGCGAACCGCCACGACUCGUUGCGGGAAGCGAUCAGGAAGACGACAGCGAGGGGCGGGAUUCGCGGCUUCUACCAGGGCUUGAUUCCCUGGGCCUGGAUCGAAUCCUCAACCGCCGGCGGAAUCCUCCUCUUCACGUCCUCCUACGUCGAGUCGUUCACGAUGGGCCACGGCAUAAAGCCUGGUGCGGCAGGACUGCUGGGCGGAAUCAUUGGCGGCGCGGCACAGGCGUACUUGUCCAUGGGCGUCUGCACCCGCAUGAAGACCGCCGAGAUCACCCGCCAGAAAAUCGCCGCCGUCUCUUCCGUCCCGGGCCAGCCCGCACCGCAAGCGCCAUCGACGAUGGGAGUUUUCAUGGACAUGUGGCGCAAGGAGGGGAUCAGGGGAAUUAACAAGGGCGUCAACGCUGUCGCGCUCAGGCAGGCAACGAACUGGGGCAGCAGGAUCGGAGUCGCUCGUGCUGCAGAGCAAGCGAUCAAGGAGUUCAAGGGCAAGAAGAAGUCGGAUGCGCUGAGUCCCGGCGAGAAGGUCAUCGCGUCGGCAGUCGGCGGAGCACUCGGCUGCUGGAACCACCCAAUCGAGGUCAUCCGCGUCGAGAUGCAGUCUCUCGUCUCGCCCUCCGCCAAGUCCGCCGCGACCGCCUCCUCUACUGCCCGCCCGCAGAACCCGACGAUCCUCUCGACCGCCAAGUACAUCUACCAGGAGAGCGGCAUCCGCGGUCUCUUCAGGGGUGUCUCGCCGCGCAUCGCUCUUAGCGUUUGGAGGACCGUUUGCCUCGUCUCGCUCGGCGACCACGUCAAGGAGAUGGUCAAGAAGGACGUCGCUGCCAGCGUGCCCGAGUAA